AUGUGCAACAUUUGCCUUGACCUUGACUAUGCUCAUAUCAAGAAAGAAUCUGCCACUAUUCGUGGCUUUGCCCCGUGCUUGCAAGAAAUCUCUCGAUCUGCACGGUCGUGCACCACAUGCAACAUCAUGUACCAAGCUGUGCAACACUGCUACCCAGAGGUCUUUGUAGCCACAUCAUACUAUCGUGUUUUUAUUUCUUUUUUCGGAGGAGAUGAGAACCAAUUUUCCAACGAGAUUCUGGGAUUAUCGGCGUCCCCUAAGGAAUUUCCCGAAACAGAAGAAGAUCCACUUCGAAAGGUCAAGGACGGCUGGAAGAGUAGAGUACUUCACAUCUAUUCAGUGCCAGGAAAACCAUGUCCAUGGCCGAUCUUUCUCCCUGGAACUCUUCCUUCUUCUAAUUUGACUGUCCUCGCUGAACAGGUCAAAUCAUGGAUGAGCGAAUGCGAAAAAGGCCACAAAGAUUGCAAAACGUUGACACAAGGAAUUCUACCUCGGCGGGUCGUUCAAAUUAUAGCGGGUUCAAAACCAGGAAGUUGCAGAGUGCGACUGUGUGAGCCCUCACCAUCUCGACAGGCUCCCUACAUCUGCCUCAGCCAUUGCUGGGGAAAACAGCAGAUCAUCGUCACAAAGAAGGGAAACGUCGCUAAGCACAUGGACGAGAUUCUCUGGGGGCAGCUUUCGGCUACUUUUCAGGACGCCAUUGACUUUUCUUGCCGUAUUGGUGUCGAGUUUAUCUGGAUCGACUCGCUAUGCAUUAUUCAGGAUUCUACAGCUGACUGGGAGAAGGAGGCAGUAAAGAUGGCUUCGUACUAUUCCAACGCUGAUCUCACAAUCGCCGCUUCGGCCGCAAAGGAUGGCUCAAUCGGACUGUUUCCAAGGGGGUCGAAAACUGACGAAGCACUCGAACUGCGCGGGAAAGAUGCCCAAGGACGUCCGUACCAUCUUGUCGCCAGGACGGCAAUCGACCACCCUUUUGAUGUUGAAGACGACGAAUUUGACCAUUUUCCUCUGACCAAAAGAGGAUGGGUCUUCCAAGAGCAUAUCCUUUCUCGCCGCUUCCUGCACUUUGGCGUGAGAGAGCUCGUAUGGGAAUGCCACUCUAGCACGCAUUGCCAAUGCAGCAUGAUCCCAGCAGCGCCUCGCUCUGAUCAUUCCACCAACCAAGUUCUCAGCGCCGCAAAGUAUGGCUUAGAGACGAAAGACGUCCGGAAACGGCGCCAGUUAUGGUAUGAGAAUGUGGAAAGCAUGAUGAAUCUGGACUUCACCUAUGCCACGGAUCGAUUAGCAGCGACUGCUGGAGUGGCCACGCUUCUGGCAAAGGGUUACAAAGGUCGGUAUCUCGCUGGCCUAUGGGAAGAUUCUCUCGUGGCAGAUCUCUGUUGGGCCAUCAUGGAGAACGGGGAACGGCCGGACGAACUGAAGAAGGCGCCUUCGUGGUCUUGGGGCUCUGUCUCGGGCGGAUUGGCCACUCUCUGGUGCCAAAGCGACAUUUCUGAUCCGAACGUCACGAUGGCUGCAAAGGUGGUCAAGAUAGACUGUCAGCCAGAUCCACCCUCGUUCAUCGGGGCUCUCACACGAGGAAUCCUAACGCUAGAGGGUAAAAUGGUAACGAGCUUCAUGAAGAUUGAGGAGACCAAAGGUGGUGUAAAACAAUCGCUGAGUAUCGGGACCGGGUCAAAACUGGAGACAUUCCGUGAGGGGUGGUUCUUCAACGCGGAUUCUCAAAACUUUUGGAAGCACAGCGCAAAGGGGGCAAAUGUCCACUUGCUUGAGAUGACGCGGAAAGUGGCGCAAGGGCAGAAACUCCUCGCUAUUUACCUUGUUUUGCAGCCUCACAAGGAUAAAGGGGGGUCGUUCCAGAGGAUAGGGCUCUUGAGGGCUCAGGUUAGAAGGCGACCGCCACAGAAGGAAGCGGAAGGUGUCCCCUUUGUGCAACGGUUUGAUGACAUUUCAGGGGUGUCGAGAAUCCAGAUUGAGUAG